UCCAAGGGUCCGUCCCACUGCUACUACGUAUUCCUGCCAACUGAAGCAUCAGCCUUCGUCGUCGUCGUCGUCUCUAUCUAUCGCCUUCCAUUCCCCUCGCUUCGUAUCCUCCUCCUCCUCCUCCUCGUCCUCCUCCUCCUCCUGCGGCGAACGCACACUCCCUCUGUCAGGGAUGCCGUUGCUCAGAAAACGGCAAGUGCCGCCACCAGUUGUCAUCCCCCCGCCAGUCGACACCCUCGAGCCAUUCUUCCAUAUAACCUCCCGAGCCGUCGCAGCUCCGCCUACACCAACAAUAACGCCGCUAUCCGCCACAACCACCACCAUAUUCUCCCCGCUUCCGCAAGCCGUGCCAACGUCAUUCAGGCUCGUUGGGUUCCCGAACACACCACCGACCCCAACAGCAACUCCUCCUAUCACACCUCUCACAGUCCCUAUCUACAAGCAACCCACUCCCUUCAAAGACGCCGCCGCAGAGGCUGCCUCGCCUUCAACACCCUCCCCAGUCGGAAAAUUGCAAGCACCAUGGUUCGACGCCAGCGACGACCUCGCGCACUUUUCAGGUGUGCUCCGUGGGAACGGCGGCUAUUCCGCCGCUUUUGCACUAGGUAUAGCGACUCUACUGGUUGCAGUUGGCUCGCUUCUCGCUGCGUGGGUAUCGAAACGGAAUACCACUCCGGUGUCGUGGAAAGUGCUGGACCAGCGGAAAAUGUCGAUGCAGUUGGGUACAGAUGGCGGCGGGCCGAGCGGUAGAGAGCAUAGACUGAGCGUGCACAAUAAGCGGAUGUCGAGGAUCUCAAUCGGACCUUACAGUGCGAACUCGGCCGGUGGUGGUGGUGAGAGUCUGGCCUACCGACCGUUCCCGAGCCGCUCGCAUACCGUAGGAUACGGCGGGGCGAGCUCGCGAGCUAGAUCUAAAAGCGAGCCCAAUGUGCCCCUGAACGGCGGCGUGGAGAUGAGCGUCCUGCAGACCCCGCCCCCAUCCCCGUCACCGCGCUCGCCGAUGCGUUCUCCCCACCGCCAUCAUCAGCAGAACUCGUAUUUCCCGGAUCAAAGCCAAUACUACCCCUCCAGCCAUUCCCGACAACAAUCCUCCAGCUCCACCACCGACCCAGCCGCCGCCUACAAGAACCGCCGCGUCUCCUUCGUCGGCAAAACCACCCACCCGUUCAAUUCACCCGCGCCCCCUAUGCCCCCCGUCCCCCCGCGGCGCAAGGCGUCUCUCAAUGGCUCCAACCCCAUCACAAACAACAACACAUACACCCCGCGCUCAACCUCCACAGACACCGACCGCCACCCAGGCUCCCUCUCCGCCCUCUCCACCCACACCGCCCCCGCCUCUUCUCCGGACGAACACCCACCGACGGAUACCAUCGGCCCGCUGACCUACUCCACGCAGGAUUCUAGCAACACGGGCAAGAAAAACAGGUUCUCAUUGUUGAGUAAGAAACGCAUGAGCUGGUUUACCUUUGCGGGGGUCAGUUCGACGAAUCUGUUGAGCGGGGAUGAUGUCGAAGGCCAACAACACCCGCUUCCACAUCACCAACAUGAUCAACACCGGCAUCACCACCAUCUGACGAACAGAGACCACCCACACCAGCAACAACAACAACAACCACCCCUCCACAUCCACCCCAUCCGCCGCCCCGGCACCUUCGUCGUCGCCGCCGCCGACCAGACCGCCCAGUCCGACACCGACGAGUACUACUACUUCGACGAUUACUACCACCCGGGAGACCAGCCGACGACCACCCAGGAGUCGUAUAACCCGGCGGAUGAUGGGAAUGGGAGUGGGUCUGGAAGGGACCGACGCGCACGCGCACAUUCUGCGGCGCUCUCGACGACCAGCGGCAAGAAUGUCCGCAAUUCGUGGUGGUAUGACGAGGCGGUGUGGAAUGAUGUGGAAGUCGUCGACGAAUAGGUAUGCCGUCUUCUCAAACAUUUGGGUAGAAGGGAAUGGACAUACACCCCGGACAAUAUGGACUCGGACGGUUGAUAUUAGCUAGACAGUGGGGUUUAGUUUGCGGACAACUUUUCUUUCUUACGGCGUACUGUGCGUAUUUUCUGUUCUUGAGAUGGUGUGGUAUGAUAUGUAGUCAAAAAUUGAAAUCAGUAAACGUUGUGAAACGGCGGGGCGGAACUGUGACCCCCGGUGUAGCUUGUAGAAAUGACAUGUUGGUGUGGGAUCAGCAG